AUGCUUCGAAAUGUUGUGCUAAAAUCCAAGCCAUCAGCCGAUUAUAUUUUCACUCAUGAUAAUACUAUACGACACACAAAACCCUUUUUUCAAAAGUAUGAUACACGAACUAAAGGAAGAAUGUUGGGAAAAUCAUUUAUUGAAAGUUUUUGUGCAGAAUAUGUUGUUCCGGAGGAUGUUUUCAUGCAAUAUUGUGAACAUGAUUUUAUUAAAUUGAAUAAGAAACGAGUGGAGGAUGCGAAUCAUAUUAUGGGAUAUAAGGACUCAUAUCAAACGGAGGAUGUUAGAACAGAUAAAAUUACUACGAAUUUUGAUAGUAUUGAAGUAAUUUAUGAGGAUGAUUCAAUUUUGGUUUUGGCAAAACCAGAAAAUGUACCAGUUCAUAGUAUGUGUUUGUGA